AUACAACACAAUCACACUCACAAACACAUACACACACUCUUUCCUUUUCUUCUCACCUUCCAAAUGUCUGAUCAGGAGGAAGCUAUGGACACGCAGAUCAACAAAGAUCUGUAUGAAGCUCUGAUGAACAACGACGAUGCCAAAGUGCUUGACAAAUGUGCAAGCAUUCCCAAGGGUCCAUUGCAUACGGUUACAAUCCACGAAGAUACCGUAAUUCAUAUUGCUACAUACCACAAGAAAACCGCCCUCGUAUUACAGCUCCUCAAUAUGGUUUCUGCAACAGAUUCUCACAAACUCACUUGGACAAACAAGGGUGGGAGUACCAUCCUCCAUGAGACUGCCACUAACAACAAGACAGUUGACGCUGCAAGGGAAAUGCUACGCAGGGCUCCUAUGCUGCUCAGCAUAUCCAACAAGGUAGGAGAGACUCCGUUAUUCUAUGCAGCGCGCCAUGGCAAGACGAAGAUCUUUAAGUACUUGCACGAUGAAGUAUGUAAAUCAAAUCAAGGGCCAGAUUUGAAAACCUUUCUUUCAAGAGAUGAUAAAUCUUCCAUACUCCAUUUAGCAGUUCUUAGCAAAAACUACUGGAUGGCUCAUGAAAUCGCGGUAAGGCAUAAACAUCUGAUCCACGAAAAAGAUGAAGACAACAUGACACCUCUUCAACUUCUUUCGUCCCGCAAACUAGAAGUUUGUCCUACAAAUUUCUUUAAGAAACAGAUAUAUAAGCUAAUUGACCCAAAUGUUGAAGACACAAGCUGGAUGUUGAAACCAUUAAAAAGGUUGCGGAAGCAAAAGUUUGCAUGCCAUUGGGCUAGGAAACUUAUUACGCUAUUGGUACAAAACGACACUUCAUGGGAAAAGACUGAAUCAAUGUUCACAAAGCAGAGAUCAAAGUUUCACCAGUUUGGAAAGGGUAAAUCCAUAGCUCAACUAGAAGAACUCGCAGCUCAAGAAGCUUCUAAACACGAGCCCGAAACUCCAUUGAUCUUGGCAACGAAAAGCGGGUGUACAGAGGUUGUUACGGAAAUACUAGAACAAUACCCGCAAGCAAUAGAACAUAUUGAUCAAGAUGGGCGCAACAUUCUUCAUGUAGCAAUCUUAUAUCGUAACCAUGAAGUCUUUGAUUUUGUGGUUGAUAGAAAGUACGCAAAGCAAAGAUUGAGAGGAAAGAUAGAUAAUGAUGCAAACACAUUGUUGCAUAUGGUCGGUGAACAGCGAGAAGAUGAUGAAAUUGAUGCUGAUUUGAAAGGACCUGCAUACGUUCUAAAAGAAAAUAUGCAAAUGUUUAAGAAAGUGAAGGACCUAACUACGACCCUAGAUCUUUUUAAACUGAACUCCAAAUUAAAGCCUGCUGAGCAAAUGUUUUAUGAGAAUAAUGACAAGCUUCGCAUGGAGGCUAAGAAUUGGAUGACUGAUAAUGCGAAAAACUAUAGUAUAGUUGCAGUAUUGAUUGCCACCGUUGCGUUUACUGCCGCAUAUACUAUACCGGGAGGUGUAGAUAAGAAUGGUCAACCUGUUUUCAAGUCAUCACCUUUGUUUAUGUUUUUUACUGCAGCAGAUGCAGUGUCUUUGUCAGCAGCUUUAACAUCGGUUAUCAUAUUUCUUAACGUUAUUACAUCAACAUUUAAAUUUAAGGAUUUCGAGGGCUCGCUUAUUCUUAAGAUGGAUGCCGGAAUUAUGAUGUUGAUGAUCUCACUAGCGAUGUUGAUGGUGGCUUUUGCAGCGACACUUAUUCUAACCAUCAGUAGAGGAAAGAAGUGGACUGACAUCACCUUGUAUGUCGUUUCUUUCUUCCCGGUGAUUAUUUUCACAUUUGCGUUUGUUGGUAUUCAUAAGAUAGACGCUUCAAAAUAUUACGCGAAAUUUAAAAGCAUAUUGUGGGAACCCAUGCUUUCAUUGUUUUCGAACGCCAACCCGAAACCUGCUGUCUGGUAUUCUAGACCACCGAACCCUUCUGCUCACCCUCCAUCGGCCUUUUGAGAUGAUAAGCCUUUUGAUUUUAUGUUCUAAUGGUGUGUUAAUUAAUAAUGUGCCUUUGUUAUCAAGGCAAAACGUGUGUAAUGGAUUGUCUGAGAAAUAUUGUAUUCUAAAUAUCAAUAAAUGGAGUAAUUGAUUUACUUU